AUGAAUUCCCUUAGAAGAUUUAUAGAGGAAUCACCUGAUAUAAAAACCAUUCCUUCAAAUUAUGCCUACUCAACUAACCCACAAGAUUUCAUUGCUUCAGAUCCUGAUCAUGAAACAAUCCCCGCUAUUGAUUUUUCCUUACUGACGUCCAAAGAUCCUGUUAUACGGUCUCAAGUUCUCGAGGAGCUCCAUAAGGCAUGCACCGAUUGGGGAUGUUUUCAGGUGAUCAAUCAUGGGAUACCCGAGACUUCGUUGAAAAUGCUUAUUGAAAAAACACUUGAAUUUUUCAAUUUGGAUGAGGCAGAGAAGAAAGAUUAUCAAGAAACAGAUUUCUUUAACCCAAUUAGAUAUGGGUCAGGCUACAACCUUAACAAGUAUAAAGGCAUUUCUUACUGGAGAGACUAUCUCAAGCUUUUUCUACACCCGGAUUUUCAUUGCCCGAAUAAGCCUUUAGGUUUAAGCGAGCUUUUCUUUGAGUACGCUAAAAGAACCAGAGAAGUAUCAAGGGAGUUGAUAAAUGGAAUGUCGACGAAUCUAGGACUCGACAAUGCUUAUGUAGAAAAGGCUUUGGAUUUAGAUCAAUGUUUACAAAUAUGUGUUGUCAACCUUUACCCCCGUUGCCCACAACCCCAACUUGCAAUAGGAUUGCCACCUCAUACGGAUCAUGGCCUUUUCACAUUCCUUAUCAACAACGGUGUACCUGGAUACGAAAUUAUGCACAAAGGCAAAUGGAUUAAAAUUCAAAGCACUCUCCCCAACUCGUUACUAGUCCAAACCGCUGACCAUUUAGAGAUUUUUAGUAAUGGGAAGUAUAAGAGUUUGGAACAUAGGGCAAUUUUGAAUAAUGCUGCAGCCAAGAUAUCGGUAAAUGUAGCAUAUGGACCUUCACUAAACGCGGUGGUAGCUCCGGCUGAUAAGUUGGUGGAUAAAGAAAAGUGUCCGGCUGCAUAUGUAGCUAUGAACUACAAAGAGUAUAUCAAAAUGCAACAACGAGGACAACUCUUUCAUUGUUUGGAUCGGGUUCGGAUAUGAUCAAGAGGCCAUUCAUUUUAUAUAUUUCCAUAUGCAUUUUAUAUAUGAUGGCAUUG